UCUGUUGUGAACGCAGCGGCGGCCGACUUUCCCCUUGGUCGAGAACUGAACUGGCCGGCUGGAGUGACCCCAAUAGAGAAGAGUUUGCGAAUGUGCGGCGACCAUAUCUAUACUGCUUUGGCAGCAAUCACGACCUUCCAUCCUGCCUCCCUCCCUGUUCUUCCGGCAAUAUACUCUCUUGCGUUGCAGUCUUGAUCACAAAGAUCCCACGACCAUUUGAUUGCCUAAAAAAUUUGAACUUGUUGAUGAUUAGGGUUUGCUCAGGGAAAAAAUUUCUACCCGUUCCUGAAUUCCUCUCUGUUUUCCUGUCAUCAUAAGGCGGGUAGAGCAGCAUUGGUAAAACACACGAGAGGCAUAGAUAGAGAAGAUGAAGAACAAGUGGGAAAUCGUGUACGUCCCCGGCAAGCCACCAAUUCCUCCUGACCAACAGCCUACUGUGAAUGCUUAUGCUUCUGUCAUCGAUCCGAAGCUUGCCAACACUCUUGUAAGGCGACUAAAUCAGUUAGCGCCACUGGACAAUCUCCGCCAUGUGAAGCGAGUGCGAAAGAAAUGUACCGAACAAGGAAAAACUCAGCUAUCUGUGAUCCUAUGUCUUGCUGGUGAUGAUGAUGAGAAGUUGGACAGCAUACCAAGCAAUGUGUCAGAGCUUAUCAAUUCCCACCAGUUGAGUGCUUUCAUCACAAAAGUUUGCAAAUAUGCUGCAUCAUCAAAAGAAGAAUGGGAGGAACAAUGCAAACUUUGGCCUACAUCAUAUCAUCCGCCAACCUACAACAUUGAUGGCAUUACUGGAUUUAGUGAAGAGGACUCGGAGUUAGUUUUCAGCUAUAUGAAAUUUGCUGUUGGGUUGUCAAAAUCUGGAGAUGGUCAGGCAGUCAAUGCUGCAGUUAUAGUGGAUCCUUCAGCUAAGCAGGUAAUUGCAAGUGCUUGCGACCAUGUCUGUUCCUGCUGUAGUAGCACAAAAAGUACUGGUGCGGAAACUGGCUAUUCCUUUAAACACGCUGAAGCCUUUAUUUCUUAUCCUGUUGCCAAUGGAGCACCAAGAUGCAAAACUUCGAUUUCAAAUGGUUCACCCAAUGAACCCAAACACUUGUAUACUAGUGUUUCUUGUUUAUAUCCCUGGCGAUGGGCUGAGCAGCAGUUGCAUAAAAUGAGCUCUUGUCAUUGGCAUCCUUUGCAACAUGCUGCUAUUGUAGCUAUUGAAAAAUCUGCUGCUAGGGAUAGGCACCUUUUCCCUGGUGUGGAGCAGGUUGGAGACAGGCUUAUUCAAGUGGAUCAUUUGCAAUCUUCUUCCACACACACGUUGGCAAAAAGGCAGAAGAUCGAUCUCACUAAGGUUGAGGAUGAUCCGAAGUUGGAUGCUUAUAGUAAUGGUUUUCAUUAUGAGUCGGCAAGACCCUAUCUAUGUACUGGCUAUGACAUCUACCUUGUCUGGGAGCCAUGUAUAAUGUGUGCAAUGGCGCUUGUACAUCAACGCAUCAGGCGUGUUUUUUAUGCUUUUGAAAACCCCAACACUGGCGCAUUGGGCAGUGUUCAUAGGCUACAGGGGGAGAAGAGCUUGAAUCAUCACUAUGCUGUUUUCCGGGUGGUGGUGCCUGGAGAAGUCCUCAACAAGUAUGAAUCAGAAUCUUCAGCAGGGACAGAUGCUUAGAAUCACCAAAGCACCACUAUUACUUGUUGAUUAUUAGUCAGGUAUGAAUCCUGUGUUCAAGGGAAAUCCCCUGUAUGUGGGUACAUUUGAUGGGGAGAGGGAUGAAGCUUGAACCCAUGACCUUAUACCAUGUUGACUGGUGAGGACUGCUCUUGCGUCUGAGCUCUAGCUCUCGACUUCAAGAGAAUAGAUCUUUAAAGAUGUUAAAUUGCAUGGUUGUAAUGUUGGUGUCCCUUAUUUAAUGGGGUUUGUACCCUUCAUAAAGUUUUGAAGCCCCCCUCCCCCACAUCCCCUCCCACAAAAUUCUCAAAAACAUUAUAUUGAAUUUUCUGCCGUCAUUGAUCAAUAUAAAUGUUAUUUAUGAAUGA